AUGCCCUCUCACAAGGAUAAAGACAGAAAUGAGCCAGACAAACUGAACACUAUUGCAACACAGCGUUCUCCCUUUCCCAAUCACCCACCACCUCGUCAACACAGCAUCAUGGGUCCUAUAGAUGUGGAGAAGGUGCUGGCGGAGCUGACACUUCAAGAAAAGAUCAAACUGCUAUCUGGACACGAUACAUGGAGCACCAGUGCCAUCGAGCGACUGGAAAUCCCCGCCAUAACAACUACCGAUGGACCGCACGGGGCCCGAGGCACAUCAUUCUUCAAUGGACCACCAGGGAUGCUGACCCCCUCCGCCACCGCCAUGGGAGCCACAUUCGACAGAGCACUCAUGGGCGCCGUUGGGCAGAUGCUCGGUAAGGAGACCCGCGAAAAGGGCUGUCAGGUGCUUCUCGCACCAACUGUCUGCCUGCAGCGGUCGCCACUCAUCGGACGGGGAUUCGAGGCCUUUGGUGAAGACCCCUGGCUCAGCGGCACGAUGGCGGCAGACUACAUAAACGGCGUGCAGUCUGAGAGUGUUGCCUGCGCAAUAAAGCACUACGCGGCGCAUGACCAGUCGUCCCAGUCACAGGAAGACUCGAUCUGGGCCUCCGAGCGCACUCUUAGAGAGCUCCACUUGCUGCCAUUCCAGAUUGCGGUAAUGCAGGCGAACCCUUGGGCUGUUAUGACCUCGUAUCACAAAAUUAAUGGGAUUCAUGCCGCCGAGCACCCGUGGCUUAUUGACCAGCUUCUCCGCAACGAUUUAGGCUGGGAUGGACUGGUUAUGAGUGACUGGUUUGGCACCUACAGUACGACCGAGGCCUUGAAUGCGGGCUUGGACCUUGAAAUGCCUGGCCCGACUAGAUGGAGAGGUCAGUUGUUGUUUUGGGCGGUCGUUUCCAAGAAGGUUAAGUUGUCAAAGCUGGACGCUGCCGUGAGAAACUACCUGAACCUCCUGAACAAGGUGCAGCCUGCUCUCGAGCAGCCGGUUGAACAGUCAGCUGCUGGCGACAGUCCAGCAAAGAGGGCACUCUGUCGCAAGGUUGCUGCGGAGUCAAUCGUUCUCCUCAAAAAUGAAAAGGGGUUUCUGCCCCUUGAUCCGAAGCGUGCUGAUAAAAAGUACGCACUGAUCGGACCGGGCGCUGUGUACCCGGCCGUGAGUGGAGGUGGCUCGGCAGACUUGAUACCCUACUACAUCAGCAAGCCCCUGGAUGCACUCAGCGAGGUCGUCGGUGCGGAGAAUGUCACCACUAACGUCGGUUGCUACGGUACGUAUUGCAGACUUUCUAGCGGCGUUGCUCACACUGAAAGUCCAGGCCAUCUGUUCACCCCGUGUCUUUCCUCGGGCAUCACUGUCCCUGGUAGCGAUCGGAAAGGAUAUUACGUCGAAUACUUCAUGCAAGAGCCAGACAUGGGCAGGCAGGUGAAGCCACUGGUCACGACGACCACGCAACAGGCCCAAAUGUUCUUCGCCGAUAACCUCCCCGACGGUAUCACUGAGGGAUACUGGGUCAGAGUAACAACGACUUACACAGCAGAAGCCACUGGACCAAUCCAGAUCGGUUUAUGUGUGGCCGGUAAAGGUCGAUUAUACAUUGACGGGGUGGAGAAGAUCGACCUGUUCACGAGCCACCCAAAGAAGACGUUACAAACACCCAUGUUUGACCAGUAUAGCAUGGAGGUGACCACCAUCCUUGACGCAGUGAAGGAUGGAAAGUACGAGAUCAUGGUGCUCUUGCAUAACGGCAGCCUCACCCCUAGUGUUGGCGCGCUGAGUUCAGGCGGGCUCCGCAUCGGCUGUUGCGAGCAUUUUGACCCUGCCGCUAAGCUGGCUGAGGCGGUUGAACUAGCUCAGACGGUGGAUUAUCCGAUUGUCAUUGCGGGGCUGAACAGUGACUGGGAAAGCGAGGCGAUUGAUCGGAAAUCGCUCGCAUUGGCUCCGCAGGUUGACGAGCUCAUCGAGGCUGUGAUCAGGGCCAAUCCACACACUAUUGUUGUCACGCAAGCGGGAUGCCCGAUUACUCUCCCUUGGGUGGACUCAGCCAAGACUCUCGUCCACGCCUGGUACGGCGGGCAAGAGACGGGCAACGGAAUCAUGGACGUUCUCUUUGGCAAAGUCAACCCAAGCGGGAGACUAAGCGUCACGUUCCCAAAGCGUCUCGAGGACACACCGGCCUUUCUAUCAUUUGGCAAGCAGGAUAAGCAGCUAUACUAUGGAGAAGGCGUCUUUAUCGGCCACCGGUACUACGAAAAGCUCAAGACCCCGCCACUAUUCUACUUUGGCUACGGCUUAUCCUACACGACGUUCGCAUACCGCGACCUGCAGAUGCCCUCGUCCAUUGAUCUCGCUACACAACCGACAUUCAAUGUCUCUGUCACACUGCAAAACACGGGGACGCGCGACGGCGCUGAGAUCGUGCAGGUGUACGUAGCGGACCUGGCGAGCUCCAUCCAGCGGCCUGUCAAGGAGCUCAAGGGGUACCAGAAGGUCUUCGUGGCCGCUGGUGAGACAGUGGUUGUAUCGGUUACGUUGGACAAGUAUGCGCUUUCAUUCUGGAGCCAUGACCAUGAACAGUGGCUUGCGGAAAAAGGGACUUUUGAGACUAUCAUUGCGACCAGUGCAGAUCCAAGAGAUGAGGUGCUGCGUCGGCGCUUUGAGCUGGUAGAGAACUAUCUGUGGUCUGGGAAAUAG